GCCAAUCAAAAACAAUUCUUUGCCGAUAGGCCCCGCCCAUUUCAGCACUCGUGUGACGGAUGACGCCGCUCUACCUGCUCGUUCGAUUCACGGUCAGUCAGUCCCGUAUGUGCGUGAUUCACCUGCUCUAAAGCUCCUGAAGAUCCGCUGAAGUUUAACACGGUGUGUGUGGAAGUGUUGUAUUCCUGUCUGGAUGAGUCAGUGUGUUUGUUCUGGGCAUUUAAUCUGUAUCGAUUCCACAUGAUCACUGUCGGAAUGACACACACAGCUACAUAACGAGCAGUCGCACUCUCCAUGAACAGGUGCAGAAGAUCUUCAUGAUGGAUGACAGUGCUGUGAAUGAGUCUAAUGUGAAAGUGGCUGUCCGGGUGCGUCCCAUGAACAGGAGAGAACGAGACUUAAAGACAAAAUGUGUUGUGGACAUGGAAGGAAACCAGACCGUCCUCCACCCAUCCAGUGGAAACCUGGGAAAGGGCGACAGCAGGAACAAACCAAAGGUUUUUGCAUAUGAUUAUUGCUUCUGGUCUAUUGAUGAGGCUGAAGCGGCCAAGUUUGCAGGUCAGGAUGUGGUGUUUCAGUGUCUUGGAGUGAGUCUUCUGGACAGCGCUUUUCUAGGAUACAACGCCUGUAUAUUUGCAUAUGGGCAAACCGGCUCAGGAAAGUCGUACACGAUGAUGGGAACGGCCGAGCAGCCGGGUCUGACCCCGCGUCUGUGCAGCUCUCUGUUUGAGCGCACCGUACAGGAGCAGAGGGAGGGCGAGAGCUUCACCGUGGAGGUCUCAUACAUGGAGAUCUACAACGAGAAGGUGCGAGACCUUCUAGAUCCCAAAGGGAGCCGGCAGGCGUUGAGGGUCCGGGAGCAUAAUGUGUUGGGGCCGUAUGUAGACGGUCUGUCCCGUCUCGCUGUGACCAGUUACAAGGACAUCGAGUCUCUGAUGUCGGAGGGGAAUAAAUCCCGUACCGUGGCGGCCACAAACAUGAACGAGGAGAGCAGCCGAUCACACGCCGUCUUCAACAUCGUUCUAACACACACGCUCAGAGACCUGAAGACUGGGACGAGUGGAGAGAAGGUGAGUAAACUCAGUCUGGUGGAUCUGGCCGGCAGUGAAAGAGCAGAUAAAACCGGAGCUGGAGGAGAAAGACUCAAAGAAGGCAGCAACAUUAACAGGUCUCUCACAACUCUUGGACUGGUGAUUUCGGCAUUGGCGGAGCAGGGCGCAGGAAAAAACAAGAGUAAAUUUGUUCCUUACAGAGACUCAGUGCUCACAUGGUUACUAAAGGACAGUUUAGGAGGCAACAGUCGUACAGCUAUGGUUGCCACAGUGAGUCCGGCGGCCGACAACUACGACGAGACUCUGUCCACACUACGGUACGCCGACCGGGCCAAAAACAUCAUUAAUCACGCUGUGGUUAACGAAGAUCCAAACGCCAGAAUCAUCAGAGAGCUGAGAGAAGAGGUGGAGAAACUGCGCAGCCAGCUGACCGAGGCUGAGUCAAUGAAAGCUCCUGAGCUCAAAGAGAGACUAGAGGAGUCUGAGAAGCUGAUCCAGGAGAUGAUGGUGAGCUGGGAGGAGAAACUCAGGAAGACGGAGGAGAUCGCACAGGAGCGACAGAAGCAGCUGGAAAGUUUGGGAAUUUCUCUGCAGUCGUCUGGGAUCAGAGUCAUUGAUGAAAAAUGCUUCCUGGUCAAUCUGAACGCAGACCCCGCCCUCAAUGAGCUGCUGGUGUAUUACUUAAAGGAACACACUCGUGUGGGAUCUGCGGACUCUCAGGACAUUCAGUUGUGUGGUUUGGCGAUUCAGCCGGAGCAUUGUGUCAUAGACAUCAAAGUAGAGUUGGGAGUCACGCUCACCCCGAAGAGAAACGCUCGCACGUGUGUGAAUGGAGCUGUUAUCUCAUCUCCUGUCCAGCUGCAUCAUGGGGAUCGAAUCCUGUGGGGAAACAACCACUUCUUCAGGAUCAGCGUGUCUAACGCGUAUCGUGUUGGCGUGGAGGAUGAGGAAGGGUCUAUGAUGAAGGCUGGUCUUCACCCUGAGUGUCUAGAUGUGGAUCUAGACCGUCUCAGUCACGGCUCCAAUGACACCAGCUUCAGUUUUGAGUCUGCACAGACAGAAGUCAUGAUGAAAGCUCUGGGACACAACGACCCGAUGCAGUCAGUGCUUCAUUCUCUGGAGCGCAGACAUGAGGAGGAGAAGCGUUCGGCUCUGGAGCGUCAACGGCUGAUGUACGAGCAGGAGCUGCAGCAGCUGCGCAAACGUCUGUCGUCGGAGCUGCAGACGCAGGGCUCUCAUCCGCAGCACCACCGAAGCAGCGAGAGUCUCAACGUGAGCUCGGUCUCCUCUCAGAGCCGACUGCGCCAGUGGAGCGAGGAGAGGGAGGCUUUGAUGAACCGAACGCUGCGCAAGCUCAGAGAACAGAUCGUGAAGGCCAAUCUGCUGGUGCAGGAGGCUGGAUUCAUCUCUGAAGAGCUCAACAAGAAAACAGAAUAUAAAGUUACACUGCAGAUACCUGCUGCCAACCUCAACGCCAACCGCAAGCGGGACACGGUUCUGAGCGAGCCGGCGGUGGAGGUGAGGAGGAAGGGCAAAGGGAAGCAGAUCUGGGCCAUGGAGAAGAUGGAGAACCGGCUGGUGGACAUGAGAGAGCUCUACCAGGAGUGGAAAGACUACGACGAGGACAAUCCUGUCAUGCGUUCCUACUUCAAGCGUGCCGAUCCGUUCUUCGACGAGCAGGAGAAUCACAGUCUGAUCGGUGUGGCGAACGUCUUCCUGUCCUGUCUGCUGUAUGAUGUCAAGCUGCAGUACGCAGUACCCAUCAUCAACCAGAAGGGGGAGGUGGCAGGUCGUCUUCACGUAGAAGUCGAGCGUCUGAGUGGAGAACUAGAGGAGCGUGAAACGGGUGGCGGGGACUCUGACAUCAGUCCGGACGGCGAGAUGCAAGAACGCAAACUUACCUGCAUGAUCAAGGUGUUGCAGGCGACAGGACUACCUCAGCACCUCUCGAACUUCGUGUUCUGUCAGUAUUAUUUCUGGGAGCAGAAGGAACCCGUGUUUAUCGCUCCGGAGGUCGGCCUGACCACUCCCAGCAGCAGAGAGCCACAGUCUCUGGUGUUGUUUGACAACUGCAAGAAUCUGGAAGUGACCGUAACCGAAGACUUCCUGGAGUUUCUGACGGAGGGAGCCGUGGCUGUUGAGGUCUAUGGUCACAAACAGGCAAACCCGCGCAGGAAUCUGGCUCUCUGGGACCUUGGAGUGAUUCAGGCGAAGACUCGCUCUCUCAGAGAGAGGUGGAGUGAAGUGACCCGCAGGCUGGAGCUCUGGGUGCAGAUCCUGGAGCUGAACGAUGCUGGAGAGUUUGUGCCGGUGGAGGUUCAGCCAGCUAAGGACGUGUGCACAGGAGGAAUCUUUCAGCUUAAACAGGGUCAGUCCAGGCGUGUUCAGGUGGAGGUGCGUUCAGUCCAGGACUCCGGCACCAUGCCUCUGAUCACGGAGUCUGUGCUCAAUGUCUCCAUCGGCAAUGUGGAGGUCCAUCAGAGGGUGGGAGAUAAAGAUGUGGACAGUUAUCAGGAGUUUGAUCUGGAGAGACUGAGGGCCCAGUGGCUCAUGGCUCUAACUGAACGACAAGAAUAUCUGGACCAACGUCUCCAGAAUCUUGUUGGCAAGCAAGAUAAGUCAGAAGAGGACGUGGAGAGCGAGUCCCAGCUGCUCGAGUGCCGUCUGACACUAACGGAGGAGAGAAACGCUGUACUGGUGCCCUCUGCUGGCAGCGGUAUCCCAGGAGCCCCUGCGGAGUGGGUUCCUGUGCCUGGAAUGGAGACCCACAUCCCAGUCAUCUUCCUGGACCUCAGCGCUGAUGACUUCUGUGAUCAUCUGUCUGCUCCUCUGGCUGGAGGUCUGGAUGCUGUGCUGAACAGAGAAGAUAAAGAUGAUUUCAUAGAUUUACAGAUAGUCAAACACCAUGAGAAUGAGUCAUCUAUCUUCUCACAGGUGAAGGCAGAGGCAUCAUGGGACUGCACCGUUCACAAUAGUCCUGAGCUAAAUCGAGCAACAGGGCAGGAUCAGAGGGUUUAUCUCACUAUCCGCAUCGUCGUUCUGCUCAGUCAUCCUGCACAAAUGCAGUUGGUCCUACGCAAACGCAUCUGCGUGAACCUCACCGGACGACAGGGUUUUGCUCAAAGUCUCUUCAAGAGGAUGUCUCACCGCAGCUCAAUUCACGGCUGUGGAGUCACGUUUGAGAUCGUCUCAAAUAUCCCAGGGGACAUGCAGGGCUCUGAGGACAGGGAGAUGCUCGCCCGACUGGCCACCAGCACUGACAACCUAGGAACCGACAGUGAAGCCGCCAUUGAGAAAUACCUGCGGAGUGUGUUAGCCGUGGAGAACAUCCUCACGCUCGACCGUCUCAGACAGGAGGUUUCAGUAAGGGAACAUCUGACAGAUAAAGGAAAGAUUCCCAAACGCUGCCUCAGUUCACCCAAUGUACACCGGCUCUCUGGCAGCAGAAGAGAUCUGUCCACCAGCCAAGACUAUAAAGGUGUUUGGGACAGUCAGCAGGAGAUUUUUGUGCCAACAUCAUCAUCAAUACAAAGUCCAAACUCAGAGCCAGGUCUCUCAGGAUUUGCUGCAUCUUAUUUCUCCCCAGUAAAAGCUCUAGUGUCUCCUGUCCCCAAGAUGUUCAAGUCUCUGUUAUCCAAGAAAGAUGAGAAGAAAGAGCCAACUCCUCUUUCUGCCUUUGAGCAGAAUGUGCCACGUAUUAUUGUGCAGUCUGUCAGUCUUGAAGACAUCAACAGCUGUGAAAUGACUCCACUGGCUCCUUCAGAAGACAGUGUUCAAGACAGCCAAUCAGAAUCUGCUUCCUUUGUAUCCAUAUUUCCGGUUAUUCCUGAUGGAGUAGAGACCGCUGAGGCAUCCAGCAUUUCUUCAGAAACCACGUCUGACAUCCAGAUAAGCCAUGCUAUUGAAACUCCAAUUUCAGAGAAACCAGAAAACGUUGAGGAGAUUCUGCUGCCUCUUCUUCCUCAAGAAGUUCCAUUUAUUUCUGUUCCUCCAGUGACUGAGAAAGUUCUACCUACUAAUCUUUCUUUUGAAGUCAAGGAGGUUCUACCUCCAUCUGUUUCUCCAGAGGUCAGAGACGUUCCACCUCUUUCUAUUCAUUCAGAAGCUGAAGGGGCUCUACCUCCUGCUGUUCCUUCAGAGAUUGAGGAGGUUUCACCUCCUCCUGCUUCUCCAGUCGACCCUAAGCAAAGCUCGGUUGGUGAUUCCACCUACAGCUCUAUCAGCGAUGUCUCAAGUGGAUACAUCUCCACAAGUGUCUCCACAGUGACUCUCUCUGAGUGUGCGGUCUCAAAUGUUGAUCCUCCUCUUCCCAACAGUACUGAGGCCAAAAUAGACAAGUCUACUUCCCAAAAGAUCGAACCAAAAACAGACAGUGUGAUGGUUGUGCAAACAAGCAGCACAUCUCCAGAGCAUGACCAAGCUGACCAAGAACAUGGAAAGCAGAUGUUUACAGAAUCCCAGACAUCAGAAGAACAUGGUCAAGAUGUAUCUUCCUUGCCUCAAAAAACCAAUGAACCCAUUGACAUUGUCACUUCAGCCGGCCAAACAUCUCAUUCAGCCCCAUCAGUAUCAUCUACGUCAUUAGCAUCACCAGCUGCCUCAAAACCAUCUGACCCAUCUGUACCAGUUAAAACUACUAAGCAGUCAGCAACUUCCCAACAAUCAAGACCUGAACAAACCAUCGAGUCCACUCCUGAUCUCAAAUCCCAAACAUCAGAAGAACAUGGUCAAGUGUCUCCUCUAGAUGCAUCUCCUCAGAAACUCAUUGUUUCUGCUUCCUCGCCUCAAAAAAACAAUGACCUCACAGACAUUAUUGCUUCAGCUAGCCAAACAUCUCAUUCAGCCCCAUCAGUACCAUCUAUACCAUUAGCACCACCAGCUGCCUCAAAACCAUCUGACCCAUCUGUACCAGUGAAGACUACUAAGCAGUCAGCACCUUCCAAUCAAUCAAAACCUGAACAAACCAUCAAGUCCACUCCAGCUCUCGAAUCCCAGACAUCAAAAGAACAUGGUCAAGUGUCUCCUCUAGAGGCAAGUCCUCAGAAACUCAUUGUUUCUGCUCCCUCACCUCAAAAAACCAAUGACCCUAUUGACAUUGUCGCAUCAGCCAGCCAGACAUCUCUUUCAGGAACCACAGCCCCAUCAGUACCAUCUACGCCAUUAGAACCACCAGCUGCCUCAAAACCAUCUGACCCAUCUGUACCAGUGAAGAGUGCUAAGCAGUCAGCAACUUCCCAGCAAUCAAGAUCUGAACAAACUAACAAGUCCGCUCCCUCUCCCAUCGCCAACCCUUUCCAGAUCCACAGAGUCAAGUCCUCUGGACUGAAGUCUUUCAAAGGGAUCCUGCAUGAGGAAGAUGAAGAGGGUAAAACUAAACAUGUUGACUCUGCACUGAGUGUGUCUCAAGAGAGACUGGAGAUCCUUUCAGAUUCAGAGGAAAGCCUUGAGACUCCCGACUGGCUGAAAGAAGGGGAAUAUGUGACACUGGGCACCAAUAAAACUGGAACAGUCCGUUACGUUGGACCAACUGACUUUGCAAAGGGCGUUUGGGUUGGAGUGGAACUUGAUGUUCCAGCAGGUAAAAAUGAUGGCUCAGUCGGCGGUCGCCAAUACUUCCACUGCAACCCUGGUUACGGCGUUCUCGUGAGAGCAGAUCGGGUCACGAAAGCAACGGGCACCGCUAAAAGGUCAAGGCAGAAACGCAAGCAGAACCUCUCGGGAUCUAGUCCCAACCUGGCAGCCCUUACAGCGAUGGCCAAAGGAGAGGCUGGAGUACGCAAGGGGGAGAACAGGAAGUCUUGGGUUAGCUGAGGAAAAUGUCCGUGUACUGAGGACUUAACUGGUGCAGCAGCAGUAUUGGUACAACACUGAAACACUACACUGAUACUUGCACAGUGCCAUUUGAUUUAUUAAUGCAAAUCUACUGUACACUGCUUAGUGCCUAGUGUUCAAAAAUCCCACAUUGUGCGGUGUAUUUCCAGCCUCAAUAAGCAGUAUUUUUGGUAGUAUUUUUUAAAAAUGUUUUUUAAUAUAACAAAGUGCCCUGUUUAUCUGGACCCUGUGUCAAUGAGUAUGUGCAUGUGUUGGAUACCUGGAAAAAUAAUGACACCGAAGAAUUCACUAAGCGUUUCAAUUCAUGAUUUUAUAGUAUAUAUGGAGGUGCGGGAGUUUUACCUGUGGAGAUUAAAAGUGCCAGACAGUUUUAUUCAUGAAUGAUUUGUGUUUUUAGCGUUAUUAUGGUGAAUUAGUUCUGUAUUUUCUCUUGGUUUUGGUACCUUUUGUAUUUUGUUUCUUUUUAAUUGAGUAAUUUAUCAUCAAAUUGUUAUUUAAUUUAUUUUGCAGAUCAAAUUAAUGACAAAAAAAUAAUAAUGUUGACGAUUUUAUAUUGCAACGGUGAGUAAUAAACUUAUUUUAUUAAAUUA